AUGGAUCGCAAGUUGUUCCAAGCUGCAACUGAUGGCGAACUUGAAUUCUUCAGGGAAAAGGUCAGUGAACUCCAACUGUUAUUGACCCCAGAAAGAAAUACAGUGCUCCAUGUCCAUAUCAUCACUACUUCAAGAACCACUAAUCAAACAACCUUCGUGGAAGGGAUCCUAGACUUGUGUCCAACAUUGUUGAUGCAAACUAAUGCAAGAGAAGAGACUCCCUUACUCAUGGCAGCAAGGUACGGCCAUCACCGCAUUGUUGAUUUUCUAAUUGAACAUGCAAAAUUAUCCAAACCACAAGACCUUGAAGAGGACAUCUCUGGUGUCCAAACGAUGAUAAGGAUGAAGAAUGAGGAAGAGGACACUGCAUUGCACGAGGCUGCACGGUUCGGGCAUCUUGAGGUUGUGCAGAUAUUGACGAGAGAAGACCCUGAUUUCUCGUAUUCGGCUAAUAAAGCAGGCGAGACUCCACUCUACAUAGUCGUCCAGUGCCGACACCAAGAUUUGGUUAAUGUAAUACUAAAUAAUUGUUCGUCACCAGCUACUGGUGGCCCUGAGGGAAGAACUGCACUGCAUGGAGCUUCUACAAAUAUAGGAAUAACAAAAAUGCUUGUGGACAAAGUAGAUUUUCUAACAAAACAAGCAGAUGAUGAUGGUUGUAUUCCAUUGCACUAUGUUGCUUUCUUCGACUCAUCAAAUGUGGUGGAGAUUACAAAAAUGUUGCUAGAAAAUAAUGAAAGUAGUGCCUACAUCAAAAAUAAGAAAGGCAUGACAACUCUUCACAUUGCAGCUUACAAUGAGUGUUAUGGUGAUAAGAUAAUGAAGGAAAUUCUGGCAAGUUGUCCAGAUAGCUACGAAGAAGUUGACAAUGAAGGCAUAAAUGUUCUACACCAUGCUGUGUCGACUACAUAUCUCUCCAACAAGGAAUUCAUUAAAAAAAUUAAAGAAUCUAGUCUAGUUACUUCUACGUUGAUUUCGACAGUGACAUUUGCAGCUGGAUUUACGAUGCCAGGAGGUUACAUAAGCGACGAGGUUGGACAUCGACAACAAGGGAGUGUUGUACUGAGGAACAACACAACAUUUCAGGCCUUCAUCAUAACAAACACAAUAGCCAUGUUGCUCUCUGCUACAUUUGUUUUUUUUUUCAACAUCUUCCUUAAUAUAACAUAUGCAGAAGGAGUACAUGAUCAUAGGAAGUGUAAUUACUAUAAGCUUUGCAUGGGCUUAACAAUCUGGGCCCUGCCCUUCAUGAUGAUAGCAUUUUUCACUGGUACAUAUGCAGUGUUGUCACUUUCUGCUCCCCUUUCCAUUGCCGCUUGUUUUAUUGGAUCGCUUUUCUUCGUUAUCACAUUCUACAUGAUAAUGCAUGAAUAA